CAAUGACCGAAAGCGUAACCACGGUGCGCUUCUGACAGUUCGAUAAAAAUUUGCUCCCCUUUUUUUCUAAACACAGGCGUAGCGAAAAAACUUCUCAAUUCUCGGUCGGUUCGAAAUUCACUGGAGGUACGAUGGCCAACGUGAACCUUGCGUCGGUGGUGCUACGAAAUGCGCUGCGUACGAAGAUGGGCACCCGUCAGUCCCACGACAUGAUCUCGCAGAAGAUCGGCAAGCGGGAAGUGGUCGGUCACGGCUGGAACGGUCUGCCGGUGUAUGCUGACCGUGUCGACUACCCGAUGCCGGCCAUCCGCUUCAAGGAAAACACCCGCGAUGUCCUGGCUCUGCGCGAGAAGGAGAAGGGUGAUUGGAAGAAGAUGUCCGUGCAGGAAAAGAAAGCCCUGUACCGUGCGUCGUUCUGCCAGACCUUUUCCGAGAUGAAGCACCCGACCGGUGAAUGGAAAGCCUGUAUCGGUGGUGCCUUGAUUGUGGCGUCUAUGAGCCUAAUCGGCAUGAUGCUGCUGAAGGCGUUCGUGUACGAACCGAUCCCGGAAACGUUCGACGAAGAGCACCAGAAGGCACAGCUGAAACGUAUGCUCGACCUGAACAUUAACCCCAUCCAUGGUGUGUCCUCAAAGUGGGACUACGACAACAACAAGUGGAAGUAAGAAGCGUCAGGAUACAGGCGCAGACUGCUGUAAGCUGUUGGUGAAAGUAAUUAAAUUCCGUGAUCGUACAUGGUUCGCAGUUUAGUUGUUCUGUGAGCGCUUGUUGAGCAAAUAAAUAUCAGUGCAGCCUCUA